AUCAGAACGAUGUGCAGAGCUGAGCAAGAGCGGCACUGAGGACAAAACUCUCACACACUCUGAGACAACGGCACAUUGUUCACACACACACACACACACACACACACACUCUCUGAUCCACGCCGCUGGACUCUGGACCACCUCAGGAUUCCCUCAGGACCGUUACACGCCAUGCACCUCAGGGGCCAGUCUGAGCGGCAGGGGGCCCCUCAGGUCGGGGCCCCUCGGCGGAGCUCCAGGACCAGGGGGGCGUCGGCGCCGCGUCGCCCGCCGAUGGGAGCCCCAACCUGGGUGAGCCUGCUGCUGGGGGCCCUGCUGGUUCCUGGAACCUGGAGCUUCCUGAACGAGUCAGAGGAGGAGCUGCUGGUGGAGAUGCACAACUUCUACAGAGGACAGGUUUCCCCCAGCGCGUCGGCCAUGAUGCCCCUGAAAUGGGACCCGAACCUGAAGCUGGUAGCGGAGGGCUACGCUGCUAAAUGCGUGUGGAGCCACAACCCGGCGCUGGACGACACGGGGGAGAAUCUGUUUGUGAGCAGCGGGCCUCUGGACCUCCAAGUCGCUCUGGAGAAAUGGUUCCUGGAACAUUUGAACUUCGACUACCAGAACAACAGCUGUGAUGAUGACAAGAUGUGUGGGCACUACACACAGAUGGUUUGGGCCGACACACACCGGGUCGGAUGUGCUUUCCAUCUCUGCAACACGAUGGAGGGGCUGGACUGGGAGAGAGUGUCCUUCCUGGUCUGCAACUACUUCCCAGCGUCAGUCCUGACUCACACACACACACACACACACACAUACACACACACACACACACACACACAGCCGGGUCAGCCAGGAGGGGGUCUUAAUGCUGUCAAUCACAGUCUGCAGAUCUGCUGGAUCAGCUGAAAGGGUCUAGUCAAAGUCCAGACCUAAGGUUGUGGCGUAUCAUACAGAUGGACACGCUGCUCGACUGACUGCCAACAUUUAACGUCUUUUGUUCAAAUUUAUGAAUUGAGAAUAAAUUUAAUUUCAGGUUGCUUAGCAACAAGUCCCUUUGAUCUCCAGCCAUCCUCAAAUCUUUCCGUGUUUCUCCACCCUGUCAGUUCGUUUUGUAUCUCUCAUUUAAAUUUUCAUAAUUUUAACAAGGUGUAGAACCUAACUUCCAGGAGUCACAUGACCUCCGGUUGUCAUGGCAACCCUCAUCAUCCCGAGAGUAAAUCUGCAUGAUGGUCCAAUUCAGAUCAUUACAAUCAGACGUUGUGCGAGAGCUCCCCCUGGUGGACAGAACCCAGAUGAACCGCUGACUGAUCAGAACGUUUCAUGUUUAUGUUGUUUUUAUGUGUGUGUGUGUGUGUGUGUGUGUGUGCGCGCGCGUGUGUGUGUGUGCGUGCGUGCGUGUGUGUGUGUG